GUGCCAACUCACACUGACAUCAGGAUUAGCAGCUCAGGGACUUUAAAAGCGGGCGCUCAGACUGGGAAGAGAAACAGACAGAGAGUAGAGAAACGGACAAGCUCAUCACACAGCUUCUGAGAAACGUUGAACUAAAAGGGAGAAAACAAAAUGGCAGAUGUUGCAACUCCCGCUGAGAAGAAGGCCCCUCCCAAAUUCAAGCAGAGGACCACUCGUACCUUCAAGAGCAAGGCACCUAAGCCAGGCCAGAAGGGAUUCGGAGAUGACAUUCCAGGCAUGGAGGGUCUUGGCACAGACUUCUCAGUGGUCUGCCCAUGGGAAGCCUUCGGGGACAUGGAGCUCAGUGACUUGGCGAAAUAUGGAAUUGUUUAGCCCUCCUUCCUUUGCCUUUACCUUUCUUGCCACUAUUGUCCCCUGUGUGGUCCUAAUAUUGAGUGACAGGCCAGUAAUCUAUUACUUUCAUGGUCUACAGAUGAAGCAGCUUUUGAUGUUGUAGAGGUUUGACCUGUACACAAAAGAGGUAUCACUUAUGCACUUUACUUUUCCCUGCCUUUCCACACACUUUUUAAUGUUGUACCCUCUUCUACCUCCCCUUUUCUUCCAUUCCUAUCUUCCUUACACCCAGUUCUGUCAGCACAAAGGGAAGAAAACUGAUAGGAAGUUCUCUGUGUAUUUUUAAUAUCAAAAAGGUACUCUGAUAUCUGUUACUCUGAUACCUCAGGAGUAUUCCAAUCUUCUCCUCUUGCAUCCAUUCCCUUUGAGGCUGCUAACUCAACAUGUACACAUUUCAGUUGUUGUACAGCCUAUCUUCGUAUUGGUCUUCCAUCAGAAAUAUGUAAAUCACUUUAUGCUUUAGCGAGGGAUAUCGUCUCUGUCUGAGUCGAGAAAAACGGCUACAGCAAAAGCAAUAAAUGUGAGUGCUUUGCACAAAAUGUC